GGAGGGAGCCGGGACUGGGAGUUCUCCAGAGGCAAGCGGAGUGAAGUGGGGGGGACGCGGCGGUGGCGGUGCUGACAAUGAGUUUUCUUGGAGGCUUUUUUGGUCCCAUUUGUGAAAUCGAUGUUGUUCUUAACGAUGGGGAAACCAGGAAAAUGGCGGAAAUGAAAACUGAAGAUGGCAAAGUAGAAAAGCACUAUCUCUUCUAUGACGGAGAAUCCGUCUCAGGAAAGGUAAACCUAGCCUUUAAGCAACCUGGAAAGAGGCUAGAGCACCAAGGAAUUAGAAUUGAAUUUGUAGGUCAAAUUGAACUUUUCAAUGACAAGAGUAAUACUCACGAAUUUGUAAACCUAGUAAAAGAACUGGCUUUACCUGGAGAAUUGACUCAGAGCAGAAGUUAUGAUUUUGAAUUUAUGCAAGUUGAAAAGCCAUAUGAAUCUUACAUUGGUGCCAAUGUCCGCUUGAGGUAUUUUCUUAAGGUGACAAUAGUAAGACGGCUGACAGACUUGGUAAAAGAGUAUGACCUCAUUGUUCACCAGCUUGCCACCUAUCCUGAUGUUAACAACUCGAUUAAGAUGGAAGUGGGCAUUGAAGAUUGUCUACAUAUAGAAUUUGAAUAUAAUAAGUCAAAGUAUCACUUAAAGGAUGUGAUUGUUGGAAAAAUUUACUUCUUAUUAGUAAGAAUAAAAAUCCAACAUAUGGAGUUACAACUGAUCAAAAAAGAGAUCACAGGAAUUGGACCUAGUACCACAACAGAAACAGAAACAAUCGCCAAAUAUGAAAUAAUGGAUGGUGCACCGGUAAAAGGUAACACAUUUUUCAGUUGCUGCUUUGGUGGUGUAGAUGUAACNNNAACAAUGAGAGAUGUGAACAAAAAGUUUUCAGUGAGGUACUUUUUGAAUCUGGUCCUGGUGGAUGAGGAGGACAGAAGGUACUUUAAGCAGCAGGAGAUCAUUUUAUGGAGAAAAGCUCCUGAAAAGCUGAGGAAACAGAGAACAAACUUCCACCAGCGAUUUGAGUCUCCAGAAUCACAGGCAUCUGCCGAGCAGCCUGAAAUGUGAACUGACUAGAGGGUCACAAAAUCCUCCCGAAACUGUUGAGAUCAAGUUCAGCCGUUAAAGAUGUGGGUUGCAGUGUGUAGGGGAAAAAAGGCCAAAACUCCACAUGUAAUAGUCUUCCUUUAUCUUACAGUGCUGCAUUUAUUUUAGGAUGCAACUAAAUGUUCUCCAUGUAUAUACUUAAAAAUAAGCGCUUUCUUUUAAACACUGAAACUUUCUUAAGCUGCCAUUUUUUAUUGUACACUUUGAUUUGAUGAUAAGCACUCAGAUAUGCAUACACAUACAUAUUAAGGAUUUUCCUGUCAAUAGGCUGAUAUUUGUAACUGCUUUCUGCAUAAUAGUGAAUACCUUUUUCUUCGCCCUUGUCAUGUUAAUUCUCUACAUGCAAAGAUUUAAAUAUUUGUGUUCAAAUAAAAUGAGAAAACCUAAGUGGCCCUUACACCCUGCAGAGAUGCAAAACGGUAUAUAAUUUUUUGUGUGUGUGCAAACUACAUAUAUCUGCGUUAAACACAAGAAAUGCCUCUGGAGUGUUUCACUGUAGAUGCUUCUGAGACUGCUCUUUCAUGGCUUCCUGAUUUGUGUGCUCUUUGAAGUUUUGAAGUCUUUUGGUAUGAGUGAAUUUGUUUUCACAGGAUUAUGUAGCAUGUCAUUAUGGCCACAUUCUUUCUUUCCUUUUUCUUUCAGAAUAGGGGAAAGCAUAUUAAGUAAUCAUUUGCUGUUCAAGCAGUACCCCUGUAUGUUUUCUGCCAUGGGGAACUGGCCCUGUGUUGGCAUAUUAGAAUUUGUUAAAACUAUAAUUUUUCUAUAAAUACACAUUUCUUAACUGUAAGCACUCUUUUUGCCAGGUAGGUGGAUAUUAUUUUCUUGACCUCAAAAGUGCAUUCUCCUUAUUUCCCAGGGGGCUUUGUGAAGGGACUCGGGAGGGCCUGGGAAGCAGUAGUUAUCCAGAACUGGGCACUGUCCUUUGGCCACACUGGACCUUUGGCGAAUUAAAGUUCCGAUUUAAACCACAUUCACCUUAUUUCAGUCUUAAAAACACCCUUAACUUUUCCCGUGUAUCCAAAAGGGGAAAAAGGUUGCACUCCUCUGUUGCUAGGCAUGGGGUCUGAAGCACGAAGUAGGGGGUGUAGGUACCAACACGAAGCCUGCUAUGUGGAAACUGCUUCACUUACGGUUUUUGUACCAGCAUUUUUUAUACACUUCAGCGCAAGUCUUGUCAGUUAGCCUUACUUUCUGAGUAAGCGAAAUAACCCCGUUACAUUUCUGUAAACCUCUUGAUUACUAUGGCCCUUUGACAAAACGAUUGGUAACCAGCUGUUCUGUUGGAGGAGAAGUUCCAUGUGCCAUGUGCUGGAGCUUGAUUUUAAAUCUGGAUUAUCUGUGAAGGGUAAUACUUUCCUUCAUGUAAGUGCCUGUUUAGUUUUGAAGUUUAAAAAAUGCCAAAUAUUUUCAUGGCCACUUGCAUGUAGUAACCUAAAAAUAAUCAAAGCAAUUUAGAAAAUCAGUUCUUUAACCAGCCUCAAAUUGUGCAGCCAUGAUGUGUAUAAUAAAGACUUUGAAACAUA